GGCCGAUGCUGCAGUUCCCUCUGGACCUGUAUCUGCGCAUGCGUCAGGAAGGGGGCAACGUGCUGCUGUCACCCUGGUACCUGGCCUGCAUGCUGGUCAUGAUGUACCACGGCUCGGGUGGAGACACACGACGCCAGAUAGCGCGCGUGCUCCACACGGACGACGACGGCGAGAUCGUGCCGCGCUUCGACUGCCACGCCAACCGCCUGUUCUGCCGGGACUACCGCAAAGCCCGACACACACACUCAGGGCUCAGUGUGACCUCGUACGCUGGCCUGUACCACGACUCGCGCGUCAACGUGUCCCAAGAGUUCAAGGCGCCGCUAUCGAGCCUGGACAUGCACGUGCACAUCCAGGACUUCGCCGAGAGCCCCGAGCAGAGCCGUCUCGCGCUGGACGGCUUCCUGCGGGCGCUGACGGGCUUCUGCUUCAACCGGGACGUCUUCGCCGGCGACAGCGUCGACCUGGACACGUUCGUGGUGCUGGCCAGCGUGUUCUGCUUCGGCUCACGCUGGUUCGCCGCGGGCGGCGCGACCCGCUCGACGGGCGUGUUCAACCCCGAGAAGGACAGCCGGCGGAAGGGCUGCUGCGAGCGCGUGCAGACGCUGUCCAUGACGGGCAGCUUCCAGUACGCCCAGUUCGCCGAGAACGAAGACGGCGCCUUCGAGGGAAUCGUGCUGGACCUGCCGUACCAGGAUCCGCGGCGGUCGCUCGCCAUGUUUAUCCCGGCGCAGACGUCCAGCCUCGCGGAGCUCGAGAAGCGGCUCACGGCCGCCAUGAUCCUCACCUGCCUGGCGCGCCUGAGUCGGCGGGGUCUGGUCGAGGUCACCAUGCCCAGGAUGAAGGUCAAGUGCCUCACCGACCUGAAGCACUAUCUGCCCUCGCUGGGAGUGGUGGACGCGUUCGACGACUCCGCCGACUUCGUCAACAUGGCGCGCAUCGUGGGCCUCCGGGUGUCAGCGGCCAAGCACCUCGCCGUGUUCCGCGCCGGGCAAAAAGGUCCGAAGACGGCCGAGGCGCAAGCCAUCGCCAAGGAGACCGCUCACGCCGCGAGCGGCACCGACGUCUUCAAGAUCACGGUCGAUCGACCGUUCUUGUUUCUUGUGCUCGCUCGCGACCCGGACACCGUGCUCAUGCUCGGUUCUUUUACGCACGUUAUCUAGCGCAACACCUUUGUCGGGGCCGAGACUAUCAAAGCGCAGUUAUUUAAACGUAGUGAUGUAUUAAAUACGCUGUUUUCUCUUUUACGAAACUGAAUCAUGCACGGGUCCAGAACAAAACCUCAAUUAGCAUAAAACAUUCUAUCCGUGCCUUUAAU